CAAACCGUAAAGAAGAUAAUCAAAAAAAUGAGGAAUGUGAUGAUUCAUCGUGGAGGAGUCUUCUUCUUCUGCGCAAAACCACUCUCUAUCCUCCCCUCCCUCCUCACUCCUCCCCACCUCCGUCUCUGCUACUCCUCCUCCGCCGCCGCAGCAGCAGCUUCAUCUCCGAAUCGAGCGAUUCACUGCAUGGCCAACGAUUCACCACUCUCUCAGCCUUUAACCGGCGGAGAUGGCUCCGUCUCCGUCCCUCCGACUCCUUCCGCUUCGUCCGCCAUCGAUUUCCUCUCCCUCUGCUCUCGCCUCAAGACAACUCCAAGAGCUGGAUGGGGUAAAAGAGAUGUUAAGAAUCCAGAAUCAAUAGCUGAUCACAUGUACCGGAUGGGUCUUAUGGCGCUUAUCGCUUCAGAUAUUCCUGGUGUAAACAGAGACAAAUGCAUUAAAAUGGCAAUUGUUCAUGACAUUGCAGAAGCCAUUGUAGGAGACAUUACACCUUCUUGUGGGGUCUCUAAAGAAGAGAAAAAUCGAAGAGAAAGUGAAGCACUUGAACACAUGUGCAAGCUUUUGGGUGGAGGAGAAAGAGCUGAAGAAAUAGCUGAGCUAUGGAGAGAAUAUGAAGCAAACGCGUCACCAGAAGCCAAAGUUGUUAAAGAUUUCGAUAAGCUCGAGUUGAUACUACAAGCUUUGGAAUAUGAACAAGAGCAAGGUAAAGAUCUAGAAGAGUUUUUCGAAUCAACCGCAGGGAAGUUCCAGACAGAUAUAGGCAAAGCUUGGGCGUUGGAGAUUGCUUCAAGAAGAAGAAAGCCACAACAUUAGUUAGUUCUCACUUGAGCUAAAAUACUCUCUUCCUUUCAACUUUAAAUCAUUUCAAGAUAUUUUGAUGUGGAACUGUGGAUCUACAAUACUUAUGUAGUCUACAUUCUUUGAGGUAGAAAUCCGAAUCCAACCCGACCCAAUAAGUCAGUUCAGAUUA